AACAGUCCAAAAGAAGAAGAAGCAGUCAUAAAUUAGUGUUUCUGGAGAGAGAAACCAAGGAAUAAACAACUCUAUUUUCUCUCUCUGGAAAACAAAAGCUUCCUCUGUGUCGAGAGUUUUUGAAUAAGAAUCUCUCACAGUCCCACAGAAACACUUUAAAUAGAAACCAAAUUAGGUUUAAGCAUUUGGUUUUCAAUCAUCAUAAUCCCUCAGUUUUUUGAAGAAAAGAAGAAAAAAUGUUGGAUGGAUUGUUAGGGAGAGGAUUCUCCUCAAAAUGUAAAUCAUCAAUUAAGCUGAUUAAAGCUAGAAUUGAUGUUAUAAGGAGGAAAAGGAAUGCAAUGCAGAAGUAUUUGAAGAAAGAUAUUGCAGAUCUUCUUGCUAAUAACCUUGAAACUAAUGCUUUUGGACGGGCUGAAGGUCUCAUAGUUGAGCUGAACCUCUCGUUUUGUUAUGAUUUGGUAGAACAAUUCUGCGGGAUUAUACCCAGGCAUCUUUCAGUAAUGCAAAAGCAAAGUGUGUGUCCUGAGGAAGUCAGAGAGGCUGUGUCAUCUCUGAUGUUCGCUGCGGCAAGAUUCGCAGAUUUGCCUGAAUUACGUGACCUCAGACAAAUGUUUACUGAGAGAUAUGGGAAUGAUGUUGAACCCUUUGUGAAUCAGGAGUUCAAAGAGAAGUUAUCAUCAACCCCCCCUACAGUAGAUCAGAAGCUGCAGCUGAUGCGUGAUAUUGCCAAAGAAUACUCUGUAAAAUGGGACUCCAAGGAUUUUCAGCUUAAGCUUUCGAAUCCUGUCGUUCCUGUAAAAGAUCAGCCACGCAGAGUUGCGUCAUUCCAGAAUCGUCAAAGUGAUGGAAACAAGUCACUGAAUAACAGGGAAACAGAGACUCCCUUGAAAAAAGACCCCGAGGAUGUUCUGUCUCACGGAAGACGGGAAGUGACUAAGGAUGUGUUGAAACCACAGAAGAGCAUCCAGGAAACUGGUCCAAAAAGAGACAAGGAAGACAGCAUGUCUCGCGGAAGAGGAAACCACCUCGAUAAUGUUUAUAAAGCACGCACUGUAGUUGCGGAAGAAACUGUUGCGAAAAAAGAUUACUAUAAUGUUUCUUCUCGUGGAAGACAGGAAGUUGCCAAUGAUGGGCACUUGCCACAAAGAGACAAGGAAGACAGCAUGUCUCGCGGAAGAGAAAAACAUCUAGAUACAGUAUAUAAAGCCCGCACUGUAGUUGCAGAGGACACCGUGGUAAAACAAGAUCACUACAAUGUUUCUUCUCAUGGAAGACCGGAAGUUGUUCCACAGAGAGACAACGAACAACUUUGGUCUCGUAGAAGACGAGAUCACACUGCUGAUGUGGAAAAAGAGAGAGGUCAUGAGGUAGCAGAUAAGGUCUCUGCGGUUAAGGAAAAAGAGAAAGAUCGUGAGGUGGCAGAAACGGCGAAACCACAAUACAAGGCUUUUGCCCCUCCUCCUUAUGUUAAACAACCAAAUGUUGUCAAGAAUGGUAUUCAAAAUGAUACUUUUGGCCCUGAAAAAACACUAUUAGAGCCUCCGGUGCAUAGAAGAUACAUGAAUGUUGGAUCAGAGAGAAGUCAUGAUGAAAGGCAGGAAUUUCGACCUGCUAAGGUUAAUCAUGUUAAUGAGCACAGUCAUCAUGAUGAUUCUGUUAGUGACCGAGCACUAAAACCGAAGCCAAUGUCAGUAAGAAGGCGGCAGAUGAAACCACCAUUAGGCUACGAGAAUCCCACCAGCAUUGAAGGUGAUGACCCUAUGAGGAGAGUUCCAAGUGCCAGGAGGAGAGAAGCAAGAAAUGGCUUACAGCACGCUCUAGAUGACGAUCAUAAGAAAGAAAAGGAUGAAGAAGAACUGGCAAUGGAUCAACUACUGAUGCAUUACAGCAAGAAGCCAACAAAAUACGAACCCAUUAUGGUAAAAACAGGAUUAAGUUCAAAUGUCCGUCCAUCUAGUCGCGAUGAAACUGAACGGCAGCGUCCAUCUACUCGCAAUGAAACUGAGCGGCGGCGGCGUCCUUUUAGAGCAACGUCUUUGCCUCCUGAACCAGCAACUCCUCCAAAAGAAGCAGGCAAAGCACCUUCUCGCGCCACUUCGUUCCAACCUGAACGGUUAUUUGUCCAUCCGAAUCUACCGGAAUACGACGAUUUAGCAGCACGGAUUGCCUCCCUAAGAGAAAGGUAAGUUACAUAAGAUAGGCAGCCACUUAAACCAAUUGAUGAAUGCUCAAAGUCUGUAUAAUAAUCCUCAUGUUGUAUUCUAUCCCGUUGUGGUGUUCCUCCCUAUAUGUAUGAUAUGAUUGAUUCAUAGGCUAAUUUUCUGGUUUGAUUUUCCACAUUUCCACUUAUACUUUAGGUUUUCAAUAGUUGUAACAUUGAUUGGUCUACAACAUGUCCAUACAUUUAUAAUAUUACACAUAUCAAAAUGAGCUUCAUGAUUUUUCAAA